UGCUGGGCCCAGAAUGGAUGGAUCGAUAUGGGUUGAGGCUCUGAUUCUGAUGUGGGAACCCAGAUAUCGCAUCUAUAUUUCUCCCCCAUGGCCUGAUUCCUCGGCCUGCCUCCCCAGCAUCGCACUGCCGCCGACAUGUCCCCACUGCCGCCCACCGCCAGGUCCUGCCUCCGGGCCGCGCGGACGCAAGCAGCACUUCCGGUGUGCGACUUUCUGGCCCCAGCCUUGUUGUCCGCCCGCAGCCGCCGAUGGCUCUCCGCAACGGCCCGCCUGCGCGCCGACGCCAUCUCGCCCGCGCCCGCGCCACGGCCGCCGUCGGCUGCGAAACCAAGGUACAAGCCGUUGACCGAGGAGCAGCGUGAAUUCUUGUCUGCAGCUCUCCGCGUGAACCAAGCAGGCGAGCUGGCCGCCGUGCGCAUCUACAAGGCGCAGACGCCGCUGGUGGUGCGCCGGGACCCGCACCUGCGCCCGCUCAUGGCGCACAUGCUGAGCCAGGAGGAGGGCCACCUGCGCACCUUCGACUCGCUCGUCUCGCGCCACCGCGUGCGGCCCACGGCCAUGUACCCCGUCUGGUCCGCCGCUGCGAGCGCCCUGGGCUGGGCCACCGCCAUGAUGGGCCGCGAGGCCGCCAUGGCCUGCACCGAGGCCGUCGAGACCGAGAUCGGCGACCACUACAACGGCCAGAUUCGCAUCCUGCUUGAGAUGGUUGCCCAGUGGGAGCGCGAGGGCUACGACGUCGGCCCCGAGUUCCGCGACCUCAUCUCCACCCUCCGCCGCAUCCGCGACGAGGAGCUGGAGCACCUCGACCACGCCGUCGAGCACGACGCCAAGAAGGCCGAGCCGCACUGGCUCCUGACCGGCAUCAUCCGUUACGGCUGCCGCGGUGCUAUCUGGGUGAGCGAACGGGUGUGAGGGUCGAGGUGAGCCUUUGGCGGGAAACUGUAUUUCACCCUCUUGUACAACAGAUUUCAUCACUAGGGUGGCUGCGUGCCGGGAAAUACUAUAUCCGCAGGGUAGGAAUGUGGCAACA